GAGAAAGAAGUCAGUAGGAGUAACUACAAUUUUAUUUUAGUAUUAGAGUAUUGGACACAUGCCGAAUUCUGGAGUGCAACCUGAAGAUCUCAAGCUGUUAUCAUUCCCCCUGCAGCAAUGCUCCACACUUACAUGCUCGGUAUGUCGGAUGAAGAUUCCCGUGCCAGCACCAGCUCUUCCUCCUCUUCGUCCUCAACUCAUCAGCAACAGCAGCAGCAGCAGCAGCAGGAAGCGAGCACCCCGAAGAAACGAGAAAGCAAAGCCAGCAUGAGCAAGACCUCCAAGCUCCUCUCCACUAGUGCUAAAAGAAUUCAGAAGGAACUGGCCGACAUCACAUUGGAUCCGCCGCCAAACUGCAGCGCGGGGCCCAAAGGAGACAACAUCUAUGAGUGGAGGUCGACCAUCCUGGGCCCUCCAGGCUCCGUGUACGAGGGAGGGGUGUUCUUCCUGGACAUCGCCUUCACACCAGACUACCCCUUCAAACCACCCAAGGUGACGUUCCGUACGAGGAUCUACCACUGCAACAUCAACAGCCAGGGGGUGAUCUGUCUGGACAUCCUGAAGGACAACUGGAGUCCUGCCCUCACCAUCUCCAAGGUCUUACUGUCCAUCUGCUCCUUGCUCACUGACUGCAACCCUGCUGACCCUCUGGUUGGAAGCAUCGCCACACAGUACACAACAAACAGACCUGAACACGACAGGAUAGCCAAACAGUGGACCAAACGCUACGCCACAUAAUCACCAGAGGAAGCUGCUGGUUGGACGACUUGGGGAUGUGGGGGCGUCGACUUUGGUAGCAGGGGGGGCGUGGCCUCCCAGCAGAGGAGGGAGGCGGGGAAGGCAGAGGGGCGGGUGGAUUUUUAUCUCAGAAUUGAAGUCUUAACUCCUGACGUUUUGUUGUUUAUUGUAUUUUUUAAGUUAUCUCCGGCCCAACUCCAAUCAGAUCUGGCAAUAACGCAUUUAGUGUUUUCUCUUUGGAUUUUUAGCUCGUGCUUGAAGAUGGACGUUAAUACUAAACUGCUAGAUGAGACGUGUCACAGCAUGAUUCCCAGUCAGUUACGUCGGUGUAAAUUCUCACGUUAAGUUCCAGUUGGUGUUUGCUUGCCCCUCCGAACUCCUGCUCUUUGACAAGGUGUUUGACACAUGUAGACAUGUUUAGAUAUGGAUGGAUAUUGGUUGUGAUUUGUGUUCUGUACUGAUAAAAAGCUGUUCUGUUUCUCCCUUAAGAAUUAAACAUGACCAACUGAA